CCUCCCCUCUGCAUUCCUCCCCUCCUCCCUCCCAAGGCCUAGCUAACACUCCAGCCUUCACUAGCGAUCCCUUCCUAAAGAAACAGCAUUAUCAUUUAAAAUUACAGCCAGUAACUUCAAACCCCACUCUGUGUCACCAUGAAUAUUUUCAGGUUCCUGGGAGACAUUUCACAUCUCUCUGCCAUCUUCAUCCUGCUACUGAAGAUCUGGAAAACCAGGUCCUGUGCUGGUAUCUCUGGGAAAAGUCAGAUUCUUUUUGCAAUUGUUUUCACUACUCGAUACCUAGACCUGUUUACAAAUUUUAUCUCCCUCUACAAUUCAUCAAUGAAGGUGGUGUACGUUGCUAGUUCAUAUGCUACAGUAUGGAUGAUCUACAGCAAAUUCAAAGCUACGUAUGAUGGGAACCAUGAUACAUUUCGUGUGGAGUUCCUUAUUAUUCCUACAGCUAUCCUGUCCUUCCUUGUUAACCACGACUUCACCCCUCUAGAGAUUCUUUGGACCUUCUCUAUCUACCUUGAGUCUGUUGCCAUACUGCCCCAGCUGUUUAUGGUCAGUAAAACUGGUGAAGCUGAAACGAUCACCAGCCAUUACCUCUUUGCUUUGGGAAUCUACCGUACCCUUUAUCUCUUCAACUGGAUAUGGCGCUACCAGUUUGAAGGCUUCUUUGACCUCAUUGCUAUUGUUGCCGGACUGGUGCAAACCAUACUUUACUGCGAUUUCUUUUACCUGUACAUUACCAAAGUUUUAAAGGGAAAGAAGCUCAGUUUACCAGCAUAAGAACAUAACGUGCCCAAACUGCCCUCUUCUUUAGUGUGAACUCUUUCAGUCCCCACUGACUCGAGUCAGUGAUGCCGAAAAGAGGAAAUGUAUCACUGAACCUACACUAUUCAGGGCAUAAUGGUGGUGAACAAGAACUAUUUACUAUCUGUGAUUCUUCAAGUGAUACCAAGGGGGAAAAAAAAAGACCCUUCCAGAAGAUGUAUAUUCAUGUUGGCCUUUGACACUUUCUUAUAGAAACUGGACACAAAUAGGU